AACUCACCGGAAGUAGUCACCGGUCACAUGACACGACCAAAACAAACAUGGCGGCUAUAGUAAGGGCGAUAAACAUAUCGAAUAUUUCGCUGGGCUUCUCUGAGUUCCUCCUAAUUUCACCGGACUGUUUCACAAAUCAAGUAGCUUGAAUUGUGACUGUUCAAUUUGUUAUUUUUUUCCGGAUCCAGAGAGCCAAAACGAAACCGAGGAAACUAAACGGAAGUGUCUAUCUCUCGUUUGAACUUAAACAUCCGCCUCUGUAACGCAUGUGUUUACCAUGUCAGCUCGUCGUUUCAGCCGAACAAAUCUGAGGAAAACAUGAAAACUGAACAAGUGACGGUGUGACUUACUGCUUCGUGUGACACGGGAGAGGCUAACGCCGUGGACAAAAAUGUAGCUAACGUCUGAAUAAAUAAAGACGGCAUGGACUUUGCCUUGGAGGCGACCUGAGGGCACCGAGUGGUAAACACGGACAGCUACACGACAUACUACCAUGGGUUUGGUGAACUUUGUGUUGUCCACCGUAGGAAAAUGCCUGGACGCUGUCUGCCUGCUGCUGGACCUGAAUUUCCUCGUCGUCCACGCCGUGGUGCGGACCAUCCUGGCGGUUAUACACUUCAUACACAGCCUGCCGACCCUCCUCCUCUACUCGGUGCUGGAGCUGGGAAACCUACUGUUGUUUGGCUUGAUGUCCAUGGCGGAAGCGACGUCGAACAUAGCCCAGGGGACCGUCACCGCGCUGGGGAGCUUGUUGCUGGCUCUGGAGGGGCUGCUGGAGAGCCUGAAGAUGGUGGGCUACCUGUCCAUGCACGUCCUGCUUCGUGGGAAGGAGCAGCUGUGUCGAGGUCUGCUGUCAGUACUGGAGGGCUGUGGCAUCGCUGUGAGCCUGGUGGUGUAUUUUGCAAACACCGUGGUCAACUAUGCGCUCAUUGCCACCCAGAAUAUCUACCUGGCGGCGGUCAGUGUGUGGCAGACGGUCUCCAGCCCACUGCAGAAGGUGCUGGAGCUCACGCUGACCUCCUUCACCUUUCUGUACAGCAGUCUGGUUGGGACUUCAGCUUUCCUGUGGUCACCCUGUAAACUAGUGCUGGACUUCCUGGUGUCACUGGUCCAUAUGUUUGUCAGCAUCUUCAUAUUGAACAUCUAUGGCCUCCUACUCACUCUCACUAUUGCUUUAACCACCACUGUCUACCUGAACCCAGAGCUGACCCGACAAGCUGCUGCGCGGAUUUUGGAUUAUAUGAACUCCUUUCCUGCGCUACGUCGACUUUAUCUGGCUCUCUGCCGCCUUGGUUCAGCCUUGCAAAGCAUGCCACACUUUGUACGUGUGGCCAUGCAGCGCCUUCCCAGGAUACUCCAUCACCUCUACCUGUUAGAGAGAGGACUUUGGCAGCAGCUGUCUCGGCUCAGCAGCCAGCUACGUCUGAGUCUGAGGACACAGCUGCACAGGGACAACAACAACAGGGUAAGAGGCGAUGGCGACCCCGGAGAGGAGAGGCGGGACCCACCGGAUGGGAGAGCAGGAGAUGGAGCCCAACAGGAGGUGCUGGAUUUAGUUUUCCCCUCGUCAAGCACGGACAGACCGCUGAAGAAGCAGUCAUCCUCAGGUAAAGAUGGUAAACCUCUGCCUGCCGAGAAUCUGCUGACUCUGCUGAAGGAGCAGGAGGAGAGGAAGAAGUGUGUGAUCUGUCAGGACUGCACCAAGACGGUGGUGCUGCUGCCCUGCAGGCACCUCUGCUUGUGUAGAGACUGUACGAACAUCCUGCUGAGGCAGCCCAUCUACCAACAGAACUGCCCGCUCUGUCGGCACAUGAUCCUCAACACUAUGGACGUGUAUCUUUGAAGGGACCAAGGGACGUGGAUCUGCGCGCGUCUGACCACAUGGAACGGCAUCUACAUUUUAGGUUUUACCACCACUGCAAUGUUGUCUGAGUUAUGAUUUGUGUUGUGUGUGAGGUUGUGUUAAAGGAUAAGCCUGGUAAUAGUCUACAUUUUUCUUUCUGUCAGAAAAAACAGGCAACAGAUUUUGUUGUAUGUCUUUAAAAACAGGUCACAGUUAUGUAGUUAAAUUAUAAGAGAAACAACUGGGCUCUGUAGUUUUUAACAAGCAUGACUCAAAUGGCAGUAAACACUGCAAGUGGGUGUAAAGUGAUCUAUGGGAUUAAAUGACAGUAAGAAAUAGAAAAUAUCACCAGACCUACCUAGUGAACUUUUUGAGAACAGUUUGCAAGGAAAACACAGACAGUGUCCCAAUUUCAAACUAUCUACUAACUGUACAAAGUGUGUACUACUACUGUGUGUAGUACACUGCUUUUGAGGUUGGUAUACAAGAAAUGAAUGCUGUUGAAUCAAACAACAUUGUUACAGUGCCACCACAGAACAAGCAGAACGUUUUUUCCAAAAACGUAACUGUACUGUUUCACCACCAGUCAAUUAUGUUGGUGCAGCCUCCUCAAGUCUUUUGUCAAUGUUUUUGUUUACGCACGCACACUGGCUGCAUUAUUUAACCCAUAAUCACUCUGUAGUAUGGAUUUGGGACCCAGAUGUGUACAGGCAAGAUGCGCCUGUUUAAAUAUUCAGUAUUGCCACGUUGAUACUCAGGUCUCGUAGCCAUGGUAACCCAUCAGUGCCCUCCCUGAUGCUGAAAUGUUUACCACCGCUCCUGUCUUAAAAUGUUGCGCUUUCAGUGGGCCGAGCUGUGACGAACUACAAUUUGGUGCUUUAGCGCACAAGUCUACAAAUGAUUCCACACAUGCUGAAGUGUGAACAGCAACACCUUCACCUUUUGUUUCGUUCUGUCUUAACAGCUUUUACUAUUUAGAUAUAUUUCUGUAAGUGAUGACCACUUCAAACAGAGCUAUGUAUGGAGUAAACAAAGGGUGUUCUGUAUUUAAAGAAAAGGUGGUUUGUACUUUUCCAGUCAGGCCUGAUAAAAUAUAGCUUUACUCCAUUUAUUUGUUCUAUUGAUAGGACUUCUUCCAGUCUUCCAUCAGAGGCAUAUUACAGUCACCACCAACACAUAAUCCAUAAAACGUUUUCCCUUUCCUUUGUCAUUGUAAUAAAACAUUGAUUUUUUUGUUGUGUAAAUGGACCAUAAACUAAUAACAUUCUGGAAUUUAAUUUGCUUUUGUUUCUCAAAGUGUUGCUAUUGAUCUGUGUUUAAAGUUUACAGGGCACUGUUGUGACUCCGCAGCAUGUCUUAUUGUUGAUGGUGAAGAGUCAGGUCUGUCACAUGCCCUCAUUUGUUUCUUUAUUAAUGUUCUUUUUUUUUCCUCGUAGUCAUUGUAUGAUUUGAUUAGUGCAUUGUUUUUGCAGCCUGGAGAUGAAAUUAAGGUUGCAAAUGAUUUCCAUAGACCAGACUGUAGUCAUUUGUAGACUACUCCUCUAGGGUUGCGGUUGAGUGAAAACGGCUCAUAUGACCAUCAUCUGCUACUACCGGCAGUUUGUAUGACACAAUGUGAGACAAUGGUAUUUGAAGACGUGAAUGUAACUUUUUAAUAAUGCUAUGAAUGCCUAAUGCCAACUGGCAAGUCUUCUUUUCAUAAUAAAAGCAAUCAAUGAAGCUGUC